UCCAUAUAACAUAUGUACACACGUACCACAGACUGCGAAGAUCAAACGGCCGAUUGAACUAAUAAAAUUUCGAGGUUCUCCAGGCGUCAGAACCGUGCCGACUGAUCCAAAGGUCCGUAUUAGCACUUGACCAGCCUCACCCCAAGAACACCCCCGCAUUGUCUUGUACAUCUCAGUAUCACUCCACACUCACCAUGGAGGCAGAAGACAGCAACUUCAGCAUUAUGACGGGGGACAGCGAGCAGGAGCAGCAGGAAAGGAAAGGCAUAUCUGUUAUUAAGAACGGGAAGUAUUCAGAUUUAACGAUCACCUUAGCGGAGUGCAGUGUGUCUUAUAAGGUACACAAGAUCUACCUGGCGCUGGCGUCCCCGGUGCUGGAGGAGCUGAUCGACGCCUUGGGCUGGGGGCAAGAGCUGGUGCUGAAGGAAGGAUCACCAGAGGCCUUCCACUGGUUGCUGCGUUUCAUCUACGGCUGUGAACCCCCGAUGGAGAGCCACAAGCUGGCUCUUAGCGUCGCGUGUUUGGUGGGACGUUUCAAGGUGAAGGCGUUGUACCCUGCGUGUUUGGAGUGGCUGGAUGACAUCCUGGAGAGGGACACGGUGCUGGAGGUGUACAAUGCUGCCUACAUCCUGAAAAACACGCUCCUUGUCACCAAAUGCCUGCAGCUGCUUCUCACCUGCGCGGACCAAGUGCUCGCCUCUCCACAGGUGUGCUGCCUCUCGGAAGAUGCCCUCGCGUUCCUGCUGGGGCGUUCCCUCUAUAUCAAGUCUGAGGCUGUCAUCCUGAAAGCCGCCAUUGCCUGGGGGCGAGAACACAUGCCGCCGGAUCAGAAGGCCAGCGGCGCAGCUCUGCACCACAGGCUCAGGAACAUCCUGCCCCACGUGCGCAUCCUGACCCUGAGCGCUGAGGAAAUCGUGAAGGGCUUGAUGGCAAGCGGCGUGUACAGCCCCGAGGAGUGCCAGGCCAUCCUGAUGCACAGGACGCAGACACCCGGCGCCCCGCCCCUGCCCGAAACAUGCUGCACGCUGCUCACCAAAAGGAAGUCCCUCGAUGCCUUCCCGCUGAGCCAUGUGCGCCUCCCGGGGGCCAAAAACACGCCCCUGCUUCCAGGCGAGCCAGCGCCAAACCAGGAGCGUGUGCUGGUGUCUGGGCUUCGCGUGGACGCGCCAGUGGUGGUGCAGCGCGUGGAGAGCCGCGGCGUGCUCCUGAGGGAGGUGACCGCCGCGGUGAAAGACACAGCAGGACGCACCCUUUACACGGCAGCCAUGCACGAGGGUGUGUUUGACGUGCCCGUGGCCCUGGACCCUGAAAAGGUGUGUACCGUCACGGCCAAGGUGCGCGAAGAUGACUGGUACUACCACACUCUGUACCCCUUCACCGCCGGGGCCGCCGGCGUUCACUUCAAGGGGGAACACGCCCUCCUGUCUGAAGGCUGCGACCUCUACUUCUGGCGCCUGGACCAGUGCGUCCGUGUGGACCUAUGAGCGGCGUGCCGCGUCUUUCUUAGAUUAGAUGUGUGUGUGUGUGUGUGUGUGUGUGUGUGUGUGUUCUUGUCUUACUGUUUAUUUACUAAGCAAGGAAGAAAAUUCUUUUACUCUGUCGUGUGUGUGUGUGUGUGUGUGUGUGUGUGUGUGUGUGUGGUUAAAGGGAAUAUUUUAUCGUUGAUAAAAAUUAGAAUAUGUUUCCACAUGUUAUGUUAGAGGUUCCAUAAAAAGUUAAAUGGACAAGAUGUAAUGACCAUUCGUGGAACUAAGGUUUUGUUCAUAUUCACUACUAAAUAGACAGUUAUAAUGUA